AUGGAUCUCGUUGAUACCAAGGAAGGUCCUUAUGAUGAAGAAGACCUUGUCGCCCAGUUCCAUGAGUGGUGCCGCGAAGAGAAGGCAUUCUUACUGGUUGAUUGGCCUAGUUGGAAACUUCACGCCUGGCCCCUUCUCAACCCCGCAUAUGACAAGUAUCAGCACUGCCUAUAUGGCAUGGCUCGGGACUCUGUCCUCCGGCAGACGGUCCAUGUCUACGAUCCGAAAUCUAAUUGCCACUUCAUGGUUUGGCGCAUCAUGAUCAACUAUAAAUGGGGCGAAACUCUCAUGAAGGAGGACUUUGAGUCGCCUUUGAUGGUCUUCGGCUGUUGGUCUGAACGGGAUGUCACCGGCCAACCCGAGUGGAUCAACACCCCAAUUGACUGUGUACGCACAUCACUACAAAACUGGAAACUUGUGGUGGACUAUGUUCUAGAGCAUAUUGCUGAUGCGCCGUUGAAUCAAGACUCGUCUGAUGAGAUCGGUUUGUGGUGUGAAGCUGUCAAGUUUACGCACUACUUCGACGACACAAUGCGCAAAGUCGCUGCCGGUAUCCCUGAUAGCCAAGCCUCAGUUAUCACGGAUACUGAAGAUCAUCCUAUGUCCGCUACCAAUACCAUUUGA